AUGGACACGUCAACGACUGUAAUUGCUACUUCAGGGCCCGCCACUCGAGUCGAGAGGUCCGUUGCGGCUCCAGUUACUUCAUCGCCAGCGUCUUCAUCAGCUUCGAGUUUUGGCGAGGAAGAAGCCAAGUCAAGGACGGAGCUGCUGGUUCCUGUUACUUCAGAGCAUGACCCGGUGGAUUGUGCCAGUCAGAGCGAGACAGUUGACGGUCCAGAAGCAGCUCCUGGUACUACUGGACCCACUGGACUCGUCAGUGCUUUUGGCAUCAUGAAAGAUCGAGCAGCUUCAGCAGCCAGUAAGACGCUCGGACCGCAGUUGCUGCUGAUGAAGGACAAGACAAGCAAACAGUUGGGGAGGUACCAGCCGUCAAUUGUGAAAGCCAAGACGUCAGCUGCAGCAGGUUUGACGACUGCAGCAGGAAAAGUCAAGGAAGGAUCUACUCAGGGUUGGAGUCUGUUUAAAACCAAGCUGGCGGCAGCAGGACCAGCGGCGGAGAGGAUUCAUACGAUGGGGCUGAAUGCCAUGGCGGACAUGUACCUUGGAGAUACGACAGUGGACAUGGUGGCGCACGUGGAAGAUCCCAAGCGUGCGAGUUGUCUUUUUCUGCUCAAAUACAAGAAUGGCGGCGUGGCGGUGGAAACGCCGCCUCGGUCGAUAGGCUUAUUGAAAUUGACACGAGCGAUCAGCGCUUCCAGUGCCCAAUCCGGAGAAAAUGACCAGGGAACGACUACCACUAGUCCAGGAGACCAGUGUUUUUCUACACCGUACGUGCUUGGCAUUAUUCUGCUUUUCUGUGGAGACUUGCCAGUGUUGGCGCGAGUGUCGUGUGUAAACAAAAGCUGCCGGGACUUUAUUGCUUCGGAACGACACUUGGAAAAGUAUUGUGUUCGGUACGGACAUCUUCCGUCGAAUCUUCGCUUUGCGUACUGGGCGAAGACGUCCAACGUCCAGAAGACGCGAGAUUGUGCUGAGCUGGAUUACGAUACGUACUUGCAUAUGGGUCUGUCGAAGGGUGACGCGACAGAGUCGAUCAUGACGGACGUUCGUCGGACGUACGGUCGUGUGAUGCCUCACAAGCAAGUGGCAGACCACAAAGAUGAAGCUCUCGAAGAAGAGUUGACUACUCAGUUGAGCGAGAUUUUGCACGCGGUGGCAGGUCGAUUUCCUGUCGUCGGGUAUUGUCAAGGCAUGGAUUAUAUAGCCGCACACGUCUUCGACCAAGUGAAGAGAAGUGGUUGUGUCCAUGACACGAAAGGCGAAGCAGAGAGUACCUUUUGGUUGCUCGUGAUCCUGUUUGAGCAGUACGGUCUGCAUGACAUGUUUUCUCCGGGACUGCACACGUUGCACGUGCACUGUUUCCAAACGCAGAGAUUGCUGGAGUUGUCUCAUCCCGCUGUUGCUGCACACUUUGCAAAAGAGAAGGUGCCCAUUGAGAUGUUCAUUGUCGGCUGGUUCCAGACGCUGUAUCUUUACUUCAAUGUGCUCCCUGGAGAGUCCUUGGAUCGGAUUUGGGACAUCUUCCUCUUUGAGAAGAACUGGAAGAUUAUGUUACGAGUAGCGCUGGCAUUGUUAGAGCUCUCGGACGAGUUCGUGAUGGAAAAACCGAUUGACGCGAUUAUGCAGUUUUUCAACAUGUUUGCAGAUAAGGCACCGGAGAUACUUGCAGAAGCGCCACUGAUGGAGCGCGCACUGCGUCUCAAAGUGACAAAUACUGUUCUGUCCAAGCUGCACAAACAGUAUGCGAAGCACCAGCGGACAAACACGCAGGCAGUCAGCUGA